AUGAGGGCUGUGUCGGCGAACUUACUUGCACUGCUCUUUCUCUGCACUUGUGCCUGUGUAUUCUACGUAUGGAGCAGGCUGGAGAGUCGGCUGGAGAGAGACAAACGGGGACUACAAUUAUCGAGCUCCUUUCACGUUGGGCCAUCCCCGGACAUCUCCGCUAAAACUUUCCGGGCUUUGCUAGCUGUUCCAGCCGCACAGAGACUGCACUUGGGGGGCAGACUGGAUGUCCACAAUCUUACUGGUGUUAGGGAUCAAAUUGGCUCUUUAGGAAGCAGAGAUUACCAUAUGAAUGUAGAUAACAAGGGGUCAGCACAGAGGGGGGUCCCGGGCAAAUUAGGCUCUCUCCUUGAGGGUAUUUUCUGGAGUGAAAGACUUGAGGCUCAGCUUCCCGCCAGCUUCAGCGAGGAACAUGCCCUAGCAUGGAGAGAGAGAGCCCGGGGACACCGGAUAGUCAGACUGGAGCCAGGCUGUGGUAGAAUAUCCAAUCAGCUGGCUACUUUUUCGGACGGAACCAAAGCUUGCGUGCGUUAUGGAAUAAACGCGGAACAGGUGCAGGGGGAAACUCUGACUUAUUACCUGGCUAAUUUGCUAGGAAUUACAAAUCUACCGCCGCUUAUCCUUGCCCAGUUGAACGUUGACAGUGAACAAUGGGCUUCUGUUAGGAGAAGAAUAGGCGGUUUACAGUGGAGUGAGCGGGCCGUGGUCUCACUCACAGAGUGGGUCGCCAACCUGACCGGGGUAGUCACACCUGCGCCGCUGCGCCAGGAGAGCAAGGGGCUGCGUCCUCUGCAAGGGGAACUGGGGAACAAAACCACCGCGGAGCUGCUCGAGCUAAUGCAGUGGACCGACCUGAUAAUAUUGGACUACCUGUCUGCUAACUUCGACAGGCUCGUAAGCAACCUCUUUAGCCUGCAGUGGGACUCGCGCGUGAUGGAGAGGGAUACCAACAACCUGCUCAGAACGCCCCGCGGUGACCUGGUUUUCAUAGACAACGAGGCAGGGCUUGUACACGGAUACCGGGUGCUGGAUAUGUGGGAGAAGUACCACAGCACCGUCUUGGGCUCCGUGUCUGUGUUCAGAAAGAGGACAGCGCAGCGCGUGAUAGAACUGCACCGGCGCAGGGACACCAGGACUCGGCUGCUCGAGCUGUACAGAGACAGCGAACCUUUGUCUCCGGAAUUAGGUUUUCUCUCCUACGAACACGCAGGAGUAUUACAGAACCGAAUAGACAGAUUAUACAAACACAUAUCGCAUUGCAAGGAGGAGUACCACCAGCUGUGA